UUGGUGGUCCCGCCGGGGACACGAACGUGUGGCGCAGAAUCAGUGGCAUCUUCCCACGUCUCCCCCCCACCCCAAAAGGAGCACACCGCCCCGCUCCCAUUCAGCCAAUCCGCUCUGCUCCGGCAGCCAUCAUUUCCCGCACUUUCUCGCCCAAGAAAGUUCGGAAACUCUCCCUAGAAAAAUGAAGCAGAAAGUUGAUCCCAUUCGUCUCUGCGCCCCGCAACCUGAACAACCCGACACCAACUCGUUCGAGCUCCACGAGAGCGACGUCGUUUGGUCCUACUCCGACGACGAUGACCUCAGCUCCCGGUCUCCACCCACCUACUCCAAUUCCCCCACCGCUUUCCGCCGGGGCCACCGCCAGUUCUCCGGCCUCUCCGCCGCCCUGUCCGACGACCACCGCCCCCUGGUCCGCCGGAGGCCGGCGCUGGACCCCUCCCUCUCGGCCGUCUCGGCGGCGCGCGCGAUCCCGCUGGUGCUGCGUCCGGACGGCUUCGCCGGCACGCCGCAGUCAAAGUUCCCGCAAUCAGCCCCGAUGAACGUGCCGGCUUGGCCGAAGAAAGUCGGAGGCUUCGGAGCUAGCAGCUUGGGGGGCCUCGACGAGGCGGAAGAGGAGGAGUUGGAGGAAGAGGAGGAGAUGGUUCCGCCGCACGAGAUCGUUGCUCGGUCGCACGCGGCGACGACGUUCUCGGUGUUCGAAGGCGUCGGCCGGACGCUCAAAGGAAGCGACCUGCGCCGGGUGCGGAACGCGGUGUUUCAGAAGACGGGUUUUAUCGAUUGAAACCUCUCUUGCUGGUGAAUUAGAAAUCAAUGAAAUGAAUAACAUGUUUAUUAAUAAUCUUUUUGCUUUACCGAGAACUUGUAAAUUCAUGGAUCGCAAUGAGUGAUCUUGUGUGUGUGUUUGUGUUCUUUUGCUAAAUUUCAAUUGAUGAUUACUAUAUUGGUAGUGUAAUGGUUCUUGUGUGCAAAAGGAACCUGCUUUGCCCCUUACCUUGGCGUUUUCAAUUAUUUGAGGCAUUGAUCCAUUUGGGUUCGUGAACGCUAAUGAACAAUGAAUUAAGUAGGUUUUGAACU